GGCAGUGACAAGCCAGAGAAGAAGGCAUCCUCUGGACCCAGACUGCCAUCUGUUGUAUCCAAGACAUCGACGAGUCAGGUUCCCUCCUUCCCCAUCUCCCAAGUCAAGAUGAUUUGGUCAUUUCAUUCACCAGCUCUCGUGGUCUUUACCAUCACGCUACUAUUUCCAAAAUCUGCCGAUAGCACACCGCUUGCAUUAGACAGGCAUGAGGAACAGUCACGCCAGGCCAAAGCCCAGGAGGGAGGCCAGAUCGCUCACUCCCAUCAAGUGCCAAGUGGGGCCAUGUCCACAGAAGAUGCAGGACUGCCUCAGGGUCAAGUGGAGACUGCAAAAAUGUAUCAGAUUAGGUCGGUGGCUGCGUCACGCCCAGGCACCCCGCGGGACCUGGGUUAUGAUGAAGAUGUCUUCAGGGACAUGGAUGCCAAGGCAUUGGCUACCAUUAUUCUGCAGGCAUUGAAGGUGGAUGGGGAGAAGGAGGAGUCUGAAGAAUCAGAACAUCGGAUCUACCAGGGCUUUCCACAGAAGGACAGGGGAAACACUGAGGAGAAUGUAAAGAGUAGGACUCGGGUGGCCAAAACCCAAAGGCAGGACAACUCUGAUGACAGGGAGUCGGAUGAAGACAAUGAAGACACGUUGGCUCCUCGGAACCUGGAGAAACUGGAGUCUAUGCUACAGGACUUAGAGAAGUACAACUCAGCUACCAAAAGAGAGAGGUCCAAUGAAAGUCAAAAACUCCGUGGAGCCAAGAACGAGGAUUCCAAAGAGAAUGAUGUUUUGAGGGAGCUGGAUGCAUUUGAAAAACUGGUCGAGAGAAAGCAAGGAUACUCUGAUUAUGAGAGCGCAGAAGAUGGGAAGAGUAGGACAAGAUACCAUGGCCAAGACCUGGGUGGUGAAGAGGCUGGAAGGAAGAACAGGGAAGAAGAUCAAGCCAAGGAGAUGGCAUCAGAGUUGCUGCUACAAUAUCUGUUGAAAGGGGAUACCAGUCAAGAGGAGGAGCCUCGCCUGGAGGAAGAGGCAAAGAAGAGUGGGGCAGAUUCUGGGCAAGAAGUGGACAGCGCAUCCGAGGAGAAGAGGUCGGAUGAGGAUGAUGAUGAAGACAUCGACCCCCAGACUAUAGACAGGCUGAUCGAGAUCUCCAGCAAGCUUCAUCUGCCGGCGGAUGAUGUCAUUGACAUCAUCAAUGAUGUUGAGAAGAAAAGGAAAGACUCGAUGGAGCGGGUGGAAAGCCGGCACGGGGGAUCCAGGCGGAAAUUCCGACCCGAUUUGCGGGACAACAGCCUGGUGCCCCACUACCGAGAGGACAAACCGAGAUACCGCUCUGGCAAUGACCUCACCCUGCAAGACCUCCUGAGCGCUGAGAAUGCAUUGGAUUAUGAUGGCUUGUCCUUUCCCAUCCCUAGAAGGUACCGACCCCCGCAAAACUCUUACCCCAAUUACAUCCGCCCUCGGACAUACCAACAACGCCACCGCCCCUACUAUUACCUGCCAGUCUUUAAGAAUGAAGAUUAUUAUGAUGAUGACUCCCAGGACAAGGAGGAGGAACUGGAAAAUUACAUUGAGAAGAUCUUGCUUAAACACCCGGAGGUAUUCCAGUAACACAACCGCCAGGGUAUAAAUUGGUGGUCUUUUAACCCCACCCCCUCCUAUAUUUUUUUUUAAUUUUCUUGUCUGAAGUACCUUUUUUUGUUGAGGUUUGUGCAUGUCAGGUAAUGUGAUGACAUACCCCCUGACACUGUGUGCAUGGAGAUCCAAUUUGAAACACAUGCAUCAUAUCAUAUGUCGCGUCCUCCCCAUUAUGUUCUAUAAAACAGGAAGGGCAGUCGGUUGCAGAGUCCAAAUCUGAUAUUUUUUGCACCAGAUAAUAUUGGGCAAGUUUCUGUACCAUUGCUUGCACCAGAUACUGGGGUGACCUUAAAAAGGUGACAGUCUCGUUAGAAGCUGUGGCGAUUUAUACACUGGCCCAAGCGCAGGUUUCCAGGAGAUCAAAGGUUUGCAAACCUUGAUGUUAUUGGGUCAUUAAAGGGGUGACCGGAGUUGGGGGGCACUACUCUUUCCAUCUUCCUUACGUCUGAGACUGUCUACUGCCUCUCUCCCUCCCCCUCCUAAUGCUCAGAAGUUCUGAUCUAGGGUUCCAACUUGCAACUUCCUCCAUCCGUCCACCACCCCAGAUGCUGCAUGACUUGCUGAGUCUUGCUUCAUACAGAAGUGACUUGUUGCAACAAGUGACCUUGAAGCCUCUGAGCUCAGUUCAGAAGGAGAUGAGGAGAUGGGGUGGGGAAAUGGGAGAGGAGGGGGAAGAGAGAGCUGGGUAUGGAGUGAUCCAAAUUCCUUGGUCAAGUCCCAACUCCCCAGGAGAGGUUUAUUGGAUGGAAUGGCUUAUAGAAGUGACAAUUCAGCUAACUAAGAAUCCUAUAUGUCCAGUACUACCAAACUACUCUUAGUUUACCCGAGUACCAAAACCGAUGAGGAACAAGUAUUAUAGGGAGCUGCAGCUCUCGGUGAUGUCCUGGAAAACUUGGGAAUGGAAUGUUAGGUUUUCAGUAUCUCCUGAGUCCAUUGGCAGUGGACCAGGCAUAUCAAUGAAAGGAUAGGCCAACUUGCGUUCACUUUCCCUCUCCCCACAAUCUUGCAUCAACCCUCAUUCCCGGUAAAUGUUGGUGAAACCACGUUGCAAGCAAUUGGGCUAAAUCCUCCCACCCUGCAGUAAUAUUUUGUUUACAAUCAUGAGGAAGACCAGGGGUAAUACUAGCCAUGUUCUGUAGCUGAGCAAAACACUAAUUCAACACAAGAGAAACGGACUGGUUACCACCUUCACCCAGGGUGUAUGCGUGUUGUCAAAAGGGGAUCAAGAUGGUCAAUUUAGUAAGCAAAUUCUAGCUUCUGGGUUUAUAACCCCAGAUUAGCUUGUAUCCUGAAAGUUGUGCCAAAAUUGGAACCUAUUAACACACACACACACACACACACACACACACACACACACACACACACAGCUUGCACAGGAUGGUUGGUAAGAACAUAGAACGGAGAGCAGAACAGUACAGUACAGAUCCCUGGCCCAUGAUAUCAUACCUACCUAACCCAUCACCCCCCGCCACCCCCGGAGCAUAUGUCAUUGACCACAGCUGCCCAGAGUCCUCUGCCAAAUUGUUCCCAAGUGUAACCCAUCUAGGCGAAGAUCCUCCCUCUCCUAGGGAUGGGGUCUUUAGAAUUCCUGAUACCAUUUCUGUAGCUCUGAGCUUUUAAGGGAUGGGGUUUCUGGCCUCAUGUCCAGUCCUCCUCCUUUCGCAGCCUGGCUUGGAACCAUCCACGGCGAGAGUUUCACGAUAUUGUGCUGACCUUUUAACCUACUCUAAGAUCAGUCUAACCCUUUCCUCCUUCAUAUCCAAUAUAUGCUUCAGAGGAUGCUGAGGGGAGAGCUAAAAUGAUGAGGGGGAUAGAUAGGCUGGAUGGUUUUAAGAAGGGGCACUGGAGAUUUAGAGAAGGGGAGGAUUUUUCUCUCCACAGAAGCUGGUUAGAGUUUGGAACUGCAAUAUUAGCAGCAAUAUUUUGCUUCAGGUCUCCAAUGAAAUCACGGUCGUCCUCAAUAUGUUCAAUUUUCACAUGAGUCUGGGUCUUCUUGGUAGUCUGCAAACAUUUUUCUGAUGGCGAUUUUGAACUUGGCUUGAUCUGUCUCUAUUUCCAUGAGUUUAGAGGGUGGUUCCUGAAGAAGUUGUGGAGGCAGAGACUGGCAUCAUUUAAGAAGCAUUUGGGCAAGGGCUGAAAUCGCUAAGAUGUAGAAGGCUCAGAUAAAUGGCUUACUGGAGAUAGGCAGUGUGGGCAUUGUGGGUCGAGGGCCCCCUCUCUCUCUCUGUGCCACACAAUUCAGUCAAUGUAUGAACACCUGGAAUUCUCUAUCCCGGAGGGUUGUGAAGGCGUGCUCACUCAGAGGUGUGUGAAGUGGGGAUAAAUCAACAGUUGGGAGAACUGGGAAUGGGAGUCUCAGAGAACCGGAACACAAGGGGGGGUGAGGCCCGUGGCAGAUCAGCCACGGUGGUGGGGCAGGCUUAAGUUGCCGAGUGGCCUACUAUUUUCUAUGUUCCCUUGUGGCCUGAUUAUGCGGAUAGAGUCCAUGAAAGGGUGGGGAAAGGGAGAGCUAAUCGUCAACUAUAUUACAUGCUCACUCCCUCAUCAGCCCACUGCCCUGACACAGUCCUGUGUAGUAGCUGAAUCUACUGUCAGUUGAAAGACGGUCGGUGAAGCUAGGACACAAUCACAGCUGGAAGGUGCUAUAAAAUGACGGAGCAAAGAAAAUGUUCGUAAACUUAUUUUGAUUAUGAAAUAUGAGCCCAGCACAAACUGUGACAAGAAACCCUAAGCCAGAAUACAAUUCGCAUCCUGUUGGGGAUCUAUCUCAGUGUCAUGUACACCGUAUGUUUUUAUAGGACUGAUUCACACAGGGGCUUAGGAUGCACUUCUGAGAUCCGAUCAAGGUGCGGAAAGGGGGGGGGGGCUGAGUAUUUGAUGCGUCUGAAACAGUUCCGCCGCCGCCUAACCCUAAAGGGGCCAAGUCCAAUUUCGCGAGGUUAACUGGAAUAAAUCGAUCCGAUGGCUCAGUUUUUGCAUCAUAGAAGGCAGGAGAUUGGGGCUGAGAGGGAAAUGGAUCAACCACGAUGAGAUGACGGAGCAGACUCGAUGGGCCAAAUGGCCUAAUUCUGUUCUUAUACCUUACGGUCUUCUGGUCUUAUGUACCAAACGCCCAGUGACUAAAAGUGCAGGAUAUUGUGGACGCUGGCAUUUGAGUAAAACUCCGUAUCUAUACAGAGAGAGGGUUAACUUUCAGGUCAAAAGACUUUUCCACCUCUAUAAUAUCGAAGUGCUGUUACGGAAAGAGUUCUUUCGUCAAUGACUAUGUAUUGUACAUCGUUCCCUCAGUGGGAUGAACCCAGUAUGUUUUACUUUUGGAAACUUUGGGACAAUGUUUUCUCAUGUUUUCUCUCUCUCUCUGAGAUGCCCGACCGACUCCCGCUGACGACGCGAAGGGCAAGGCGAACAGGCAGAAGAGGGGAGCUGUUGGGAGCGGGGAGGAUUACGCGCGUUCCAUUGUAAACCUUUUCAAGUCCGUUUCUUGAAGUGUAUUCGAGUCUGUUUAACUAUUUGAAGAAAAAAAAAUAUAGUCUUUUGAUGUAGCAGUACCUGAUGUCUUUUUCCAUUCAAAGUCGAUCUUGUAAAUAGCACGGCGGGGAGGGCGGGGCGAGAGGUUCAGUACUAGUUUUGCUAUGAAUAAAAACUCAUAUUUUA